AUGCGGCACCGCGCCGGUCGGACCUGCGGACGCGCGCGGUGCGACGCGGCGGCUCCGGUCGCACGUCGCGGGUGCGCGGGGGACACCGGGCGUGCGUGCGCGGGCUUGGCGGCAGAAGCCUGCUGCGUCUCGGACGGCAGGGGCGGGUUCCGAGCUCGGCGGCGCGACGCUGGAGCGUCUGGUUGGCUGCGGCAGCGGUGCGAGUGUGCGCUGUGGGGGCCGAGAGGGUCGGGCGGCACGAUGGCGUCGCUCAGCGGGAACCUCCACCAGUAUCCUCCCGCUACGUCCCUGGACGGGGAGCUCAUUCUCGUUCCUACGGGAUAUACCGUGCGGGCGUAUCACAGCGCGACGGGGACCCACGCGUUCACACUUAGUGGGCACGGCGCGGCCGUCACGGCCGUCGUGCCGCACCCGAAGAUCAAGACGCACGCGUACACCUGCUCGCUCGACGGGUUCAUCAAGUUCUGGGACCUGACGGACCAAACGAUCGUCAAGAAGUGGAAUGUCGGGGCGCGCCUCCAGAGCAUGGAAAUAUCGGGGCGUGAGGCACUCCUUACAGCUACUUUGCGCGACGGCGGCGCGGGACGCGUGAUGCGGUACUCCCUGGAGGACUCCAAGCUGCUCGGCACGCACCGCAUGCGCACCACGCAGCCGCGCACGAUCUCCGCGUCGGCCUGCGACCACGCGAACACGGAGACCGGCGCCGACACGCAAACGGUGCUCCCGGCGUCCCGCUGCGCCGCCGCCGUGGACCGCGCGACCGCGUGCAUCUUCGACGCGGCCGCGGGGUUCUCCGCCGGGCCGGCGCGCGUCCACCACACCCGGCCACUCACCGCCGUCGCGCUAUCACCUUCCGGCACAGUAGCCGCGGUGGGCGACUCGUCCGGGAGGAUUCUGCUCAUCCACGACGUCCCGAAGCUCCUCGCGCACGUGCCGGAGUUCCUCGCGCGCGGCGGGGGGCCCGAGAGCGCGAGCGACGGCGACAGCGACGGCGAGGGUGGGGUGCGCGCAGUGAGAAAGCAGCGCCGCGGGGUGCGCGUGAAACCCGUCGUGACGACGUGGCACUGGCACCCCGCGGCCGUCGCGACGCUGUGCUUCAGCACGGACGGCGAGUACCUCCUUUCCGGCGGCCAGGAAGAAGUCCUCGUCAUUUGGCAAACCAAGACUGGCACGCGCACGUACCUGCCUCGACUCGGCGGCGCCGUCGCGCACGUCGCCGCCGUCCCCGCGCACCCGGGCCGCUACCUCGUCUCGCUCCGGAGCAACGCCGUCCUCCUCGUCGACGCCGCCGCCAUGGCGGUCGUCUCCACGGUCGCCGGCGCCCGCCCGUUGCCGCGCGCCCUCGUCGACGCCACGCCCGCCAUGUCGGACCUCGGCCACGGCGCGGUCCUGCUCCCCGCGGAGCACAGCGCGAUCCAGGCGUACAGCGUCGCGAGCGACCGCGCGCUGUCGGUGCUGCAGGUCGGCGCGAAGAGCGCCGCCACGCCGUCUGACAUCGACAACCUGACAGCGGCGUACGGGAAGGGGUUCGCGCAGCGCGUGGAGCCGCACGUGUGCCGCGUGGCGACGAGCGCGGACCGCAGCGUGAUGGCGGUCGUCGACGUGCGCCCCGACGCCGGCGUGCACGGCGAGCGGCGCUACACGUUGCGGCUUCUCCUGCGGUCGAGUCAGGGGGGGAGUGUUCGGUACGACGUGGCGACGGAGGUGCCGGACCCGCACGAGGGCGGGGUGACCGCGCUCGCCGUGAGCACCGACGGCCGCCUGUGCGUCACCGCGGGCGCGGACGGCCGUCUGAAGUCGUGGUGCUGGAGGGCGCGACGCCCCGCGGGGGGGUCCCCGGCCGCGGCGGGGCCGGAGGGGGGGUACUGGGUGUGCCGGUCGGUCGGGGGCCUCGGCGGGCGCGCGAUCACGGCCGCGGCGCUCAGCAGCGACGCGUCGCUCUGCGCGGUCGCGGCGGGGCGGCGCGUGGGGCUCUUCACCAGCGACGUCGCGCAGGGAGUCGACAACUCGAGCCCCGUGGACGUGCUGGCGCUGCCGCCGUCGUGCAAGAGGUCCGCGCUGGUGGCGUCCCUGGCGAUCGCGGACGUGCCGCGCGGGGCCACGGUGGUCGCGCGCGUCACGGGGGGCGGCGCGGGCGUGGUGGCGUGGGACGCCCUGACUGGACACGUCGUGCGCGACGUCAAGGCGAACGUGUCGGCGUUCGCCGUGUGGCCCGGGGCGGGGCAGGACGCCGCCGCGGCGUACGGCGGGUUGCCGCCCUUCGCGGCGGUCGUCAGCGCGAACGACGGCGCGCAGCGCAAGAAGGAGGGGGGGGGUGUCGCGGGGGGGUCCCGGCCGCUGCUGCUCGUGUCGGACGGGACGAGCGCCGAGCCCGAGGUGUUCGAGGUCGCUCGGAGCGACGCCGACGGCGCCCCCGUCGGUCUCGUGUGCGUCGGCGGCGGCAAGGCUGGGGCGCCGCGGUCCGUUGUCGUCGUGACGCGCGGCGGCGAGAUCGCGACCACGGCGGGCGCCGGGGCGCCCGCGGACGGCGCUGCAGCAGACGAAGAGGCGAACAAGGACGCCGAGGCGCGGCAGGUGCCGCUUGAGGGCCUGCUGGCGCCGGCACGUGGUGCGGGCGACGUCGAGAUGGGCGCGGCGGCGGGCGGCGGGGACGCGGGGGAGCGGGCGGACGUUCGGGCGCUGCGGGUGGUGCGCGGCGUCCCGAGCCACGGCCUGCCGUCGAUCCACACGCUGUGCGGGCAGGUCCUGCUAGGGCUGUCGAGCAAACCUACAAACACUGAAUAG